AUGGAUGAUUUUGAAAUAAAUCUAUCACUUGAGAAUUAUUUAGAAGACGAAAAGGUGUUACAUAAUUUUCCUUUAAAAUAUAUAUAUAUAUUAAUAUAUGCUUACAAAAAUUAUUAUUUUAACAUUUAUUUAAAACAAAAAUGUAAAAAUAAACCGAAUGAAAAUUUUAUUGAAGACCUAGUGAAUAAUAUUAAUGAGGACAAUGUCUUAGACUUAUCUUUGAAUAUACUAAAAAAACGGUAUAAUUAUAAAAAAAAAAAAAAACGCAUUUUGUUUGAUACCUCUGAAAGCAUAAACAGUAAUUUAAGUUGGAAUGAUAAACAAUAUAACGAAGAGGAAUCAAACAGGAAAAAAAAUAAAAAUAGUAACAUACAUGAUCAUAGUAACCUCAGUGGUAAUGGAAUUUAUGCUGAUGACAUUUCUACGAUAAAGCCAAAUAACGGUAAUAAUAAUUAUAAUAGUAACAUUUCUGUUAUUCGAAGCAAUGGGAAUAACAACAGUAAUAAUAAUUACCUCACAAGUAAACAUGAGGAUCUUAAUCCAACAAAUUUUAAAAAUAAAGUUUACGGAUUUAGCAAAUAUUUUGAAAACAGCAAAUCUUGUUUAUCAAAAUGGCGAAAAAACUUAAAUUUAGCCAAUAAAAAUGAAAAUGUAAAUUGUAAUGAAGAAAAUUGUGAUGACCAAAGUGAAAAUUAUUCUGAACGCGACAUAAUUUUUUUGAUACAUUAUUUUAUGCACAAAUUUGUUUUUAGUAAAGAUGGUAAAAAAAAAAUUAAAUUAACGACGAAAAAAAACGUGAUUGAAAAAUUAGAAAAACUAGAAAAAGAAACAUUGAAAAUGGACAAUAUUGUUAAGAGCAGUAACAACCAGUUUAGCAACGCGGAAUGUUUCGAUAAAAAUGAUAUUACUGGUGUGUGCAAUUUAGAAAACAACAGUUUUUAUUAUGAACAAGUCAUAAAAAAUGAUGAAAAAAAAAAAAAUAUAAAUAAUAAUGAAAUAAAUUCUGAGAAAGAGAAUAAAACAAGCCAUAAUAUUAGUGAAAAUGUAAUUUCGCUUACAGAAAAUUGUAAGUUACCUGAAUAUUCUAAUAAAAUAAAAAAUGAUGAUACAUCGUGUUUAGAAUAUCAUAAUGAUAUUAAAAUGGUAACAUCAGAAAAUAAAGAUAAUGAUAAUAGUACGUGUGCAGAUAUAGGGACAAUUAAAGAUAAAAACGAAUGGAUUUUGGAAAAAUAUGACCAAUCAGAAAAUAACAAUAUAAAUAAUAACGAAGUUGCAAAUAAAGAUAAUACUAACCUCGAGAGUAGCAAUAAUUCAAUAAAAUGGGAGUUCGGAGGAGAUAAAGAUUGUGAUAAAACACAUAAUGAAUCUGAAAUAGAGAGUUUUAAUGAAGAAAUGGCCAUGGAAAUCGAAAAGAAAAAAAUAUAUGAAAUAAUUGAAAACUAUUUUUAUAAAAAAAAUAUAUGUUUUAAUGCAAAUGAAAUAUUUUAUCCUUUUAGUGCUAAAAAUGUUAACACGCGCAAUAAAAGAAAAAAUAAAAAUAAAAAAUUAAAUAAACCGCUACUCCCAAAUGCUAAUAAGUGUGCAAGUGUAAUUGAAUCGUAUGAUAAUAAAUUAUCUGAACAAAAAUAUAUGAAAAAUAAAUCAUUACUUUCAAAAUUGAAAAAAGGUUUGAAUCUAUUAUUAAAGAAUGAGAAAACAAAGAAAAAAGGAAAAAAUAAAAAUUCCGAGAAUAGUACAAGUUAUGUGAAUAAUAAUUGUGAUGAAAAUGAAAAUCAUCAAAUUAAUAAUGAUUUGAAAAAAAAACAAAAAAAUGGAAAACAUGAAUAUAAGAAGGAAAAUAUUACUCCGAUUGCCCAUCUAAAAAAUAAUCAAGAAAAUUUAAAAGCAAAUGUAUUAAAAAAAUGUCUAUUGGAUGUAAUAGAUUAUAGCGAAAUGUGCAUGUUUUCGAAUAAUGAUAAUAAAAAUAAUUUGGUAAAUUUUUCAAAUAAGACAAAAUUUAACAUAGGAGGAAAUGAACAUAUAACAAAUCCAAGCAUACAAGAAAAUAAUAUAACCCAAACAUAUUUAGAUCAUCAAAAUGAUAUACAUAAUAAUGAUAAUCGAAGAAAUAAUUAUAAUAAUUUUCAAAACAUAAAAAAUAGAAUGGUAAAUACAAUUGAUCAAAGAUACGGAAAUGAAUUAAAUAAUUCACGAGUUUAUAAUAAUAUAUAUGGAAAUACUACAGUAAAUAUGCAAAAUUCAAACAUAGGGGAUAAUAGAAAUAAAGAAAUUUUAGGAAAUUAUAAUGUAAAUACAAAUUCUAUGUUUUAUAAUAAUUCAGGAGAAUAUUUAAAAAAUCAACAAACACAUAAUGAUUCUAUUCACAAUAAUAGUACUUCAGAUAAUAACAAUUAUAAUUUAUUACAAAACAGACCUAACUAUUUUUAUAAUGGAAGAAAUAAUACAAAUAUAGAUAAUAAUGUAUUUAACCAUUCUAUGAUAAAUACAAAAGACACAGAAUUCCAUGAAAAAAACAAAAAUAUGCACAUUCAAAAUAUAUCAUAUAACAAUGUAUGGCCUACUAAUAUGUAUCCUAUUUCAAAUGUAAAUUCUUUUAUUUCAUUAGACCCUAUGAAUAAUCAAAUUGAAAGAAAUUGUAAAACAUCUGGAAUUAAUUUGGAUACUAAUGAUAUGAUACAAAAUGGUAAUAAACGAAAUAUGAGAAUACACAAUGGAAUAGAAAAUGAAAAUCAAAUGAAAUCUGAAAACAUGAAUGAGUCUUAUUAUAAUAAAAAUGAAAAUAUGAAUAUUAAUUAUCUUAAUAAUAAUAAUAUUUCCUCUUAUAUGUAUAAUAAUUAUCACAUGUCAACAUUAAGGGGAAGAGGUGGAAUAAAUGCCAAAUUGAAUCAAAGGGGGUGCAGAAGAGGUCGAGGUCGAGGAAGAAUUGCUUCAAGAAUAAAUAAUAAUGAUUAUCUUUUAGGAAAUAAUAAUGCACCGCCCAAAGCAAAACGAGGCAGAAAACCAUUAGGAAAACAUCUUAGUCAAAAUGGUCCUAGAGGUCGGAGACGAAACGAUGAAAUUGGUAAUAAUUUUGUUCCUAAUAUUAUAAAUGAAGAAAAUGAUGCUGAAAAAAAAAGUAAUGAAGACACAGAUGGAUGUAAUGAUAAGGUAUUAAAAUAUCAAAACAAAGAUAAUGAUAAUGAUGAUGAUGAUGAGGAAAAUAACGGGGAUAAUGAAAAUUAUGAAUCCCAAAUGAAUGGACAUACAUCUAGAGCCCAUACUAAUGUGAAUCCUAAUAAUUCAGAAAAUACAACAAAUGCACAUAAUAAUAAUAAUAAUAAUAAUACAACAAAUGCAAAGGAUCAUAAAGAAACAAGUGAAGAAUAUAAUGUAGAUAAAACAUCAAGUUAUUUAGGAAAAGAUGAGGAAAAUGAAAAUAAUAAUAAAAUUAAAAAGAGCCCCAACAGAUUAAGCAAUAGCAAAACUGGUAAAUGCAAUAAUUAUAUACUAAUUGGAAAAACGAAUAAAGAUAAUAAUAGUAGUAGUACAGAGAGUAUUUACAAUUACAAUAUGAACGAUGAUAAAAUAGAUUCAGGAAAUGUUAAUAAAGAUGGAGAGAAUAUAAACCCUCUUUGUAUCUCAAACAAUAUUGAAAAUAAUAGUUUGAUAAAAUACAAAUGUUCAAAUGAUGAUGAACAAAUUUUGAAUUUGGAAGAAGACUUAAAUGUAACAUCGUUAAAUAGUAAAGUAAUAUAUCCUAACCACAGUAAUAAUGGUUUGAAUAAAAUUGAAAAAAAAAAAAAUGAUGAUGAUAAUAAUAAAAGUUCAAAACCAUUUUCACAUAAAAAUGGAUAUAUUUCUAGAAAUAAUAUUCAUAAUGGAAAUAUAUGUGGCUAUAUAAAUAGUGAAUUGAAUGAUAAUAACUUUGAAGGUUCAAUGACUAAUUUUUAUACUGAUUCAAAUAAAAAUAAUAAUUUGAUAAAUUUUCGAGAUAAUAAAAAUCUGUCUCUUCAAGAAGAAUCAAAUGAACCCAAAUUUACGAAAAUUGGAUUGACAUCUGAAAAAGAUGUUAAACAAACAAAAAUAAAAAAAACAGGAUCAAACUUUAAUACCGUUUUGGGAGUAUCUAAUGUGUCUAAUCUUAUGAACGAUGAAGAUACAACAAAUACUACAGUUGAUUUUGGAAAUUUUAACAAUCCAAAUAAAAUUAUAAAUAAUUAUCCUAUUAAUAAUAAUCCAAGUUAUUUAAAAAGAGGUACUUUAAUAUGUAAUAAAAUGAAAGUAUUAAGUGAUGGAAAAGAUGAUAGACUAUUAGAUUUCCAAAUUAAUAAACAAACAUAUAAAAGUGAAUAUAGUGGGGAAGAAAAUAAUAAAAAUAAAUGUGGCACUAAAAUAAAAAAUAAUACAAAACAUUUAUUUGAAAAUUUGGAAGGAAAUAUAAAAGUAAUAAAUAAAAAUCAAGGAAUAAAAAGAAGAGCAAAUAAAAAUUUAUCGAUAGAAGAUGAUGAAGAUAGCAGUUUAGAUCCAAAUUUUGGAAAAAUUAAAAAAUUAAAAAAUGGAAAUAAUGAAGAUAUAAAAAAUGUUGAUAAACAUGAUAUCUCUUUUGAUAAUGAAAAAUAUGAACAAGUAGAAUAUACAAUGAAUAAUGAAAUGAAUUUUGAAAAAUAUUCUGACAAUUUAAUUGAUGAAUAUGAAAAUAUUAUGAAUAAUAAAAACAAAAGUGAAAAAAAAGUUGAGAAAGUUGGAAAUAAUAAUAGUUACAAUUAUGACGAAAAUGUCAAAAAUACUCAGACAAUAAAAGAAAUACAAAUAGAAUAUACGACAAAAAAAAUAAAUCAAAAGGAACAUACUAAGAUUUCAUCUUAUCAUGUAAAUAAUUAUAAUGAAAAUUGCACUGAAUGUGAUAAUAAUAAUAAUGAAAUGAAAAAAUCAAAUAAACAAACAAGAAGACAUAGCACUUGGAAUAACUCGGAACAUAAUGAAGAACAAAUAAAUGUAGAGAUAAAUAAAAAUAAAAAUAGAAACAAUCAAUAUAUUAGUAAUACUUUAUGUAAUAAUAAGCAAUGUUUAUAUGGAAGUUUAACACAAAAUGAAGCAAACAAAAGCAUGCUUGUUAACAAAGAAAUAAAUUUAGAUCGAGAAAAUUUUAAUUAUGUUUUGAACAUGAAAAAUAUGAAUAAAGAAUUAAGAAGUAAUAAAACAAACUCUAAAAUCGAAAUAAAUCAAAAUAAUGGAGAUUGUAAUAUAGAAAAUUUUAAUCGAUUUGAUGAAAAUGAAAAAAUAAACAAGAACGAAACAUGUAUAAGAAGCGAACAAAACUCACUUCAGAAUGAUGAUAUAAAAAAAAAAAAAAAAAAAAAUGAAUACGAAUUAAAUGAUAAUAUGAAUAAAUUAAAUAGUUCAAAUAGUUAUAAUUGUACUGAUAUCAAAAGCCAAGAUAAUGAUAAAAUCGAAGAAAUCGAAUUUUACAAUAAUGAUAACGUGUAUACUAUAGAAAAAAAAAAAAUAUUCCAAUCUGACACUGAUGCAAGCAACAAAAUAUUUGAAGGUAAUAAAGUCCAAAAAGAAAAUAAUCAAAAUGACAAUGAUAUUUGUAAUGAUGAUGAAAGUAUAAAUGAUCUCAAUGAAAUUGGGCUUGAAUCCAUAAAUAGUAAGAAAAAGGGAAGAAAACCAAAGACUACGAUUUUAAAAAAUGAUAAAAUAAAUAUGAUUGAAAAUAAACUUCCAAAUAAAAAUUUUGAUGAAAUUUUUAUUUUAAACAAACAAGUUGAGGCAAACAAGGCUACUGAUUCGAAGAGACGAACUAAAACUUCUAAAAGACACCAAGAUUUAAAUUUUAGGGUCGAGAAGAUCGAGACUGGUGCAUACAACGAGAAUGGAGAAAAAGUUUCUGGCGUUUGGUACGAUACAAACCGGAGACUAUGGCGUGUAAUGUACAUCGAAAAUGAUAAACGAAAAACUCGUGGUUUUUCUCCGAGAAUCUAUGGAUUCAACACUGCAAGGGACAUGGCCGUUCAACUCAAAUAUGAAAUGAACAAGAAAAAUAAAAAAUAA